ACUUAUCAAUGAAUUCACCACUCGGAAACAUCAACUCUUUUGACUCCUCCAAUCGCAAUGGAACACAAGGCAUUGACCAAGGAAAAAAUUGCGGAGAUUCUCAAGCAACAUGAAUCUACUCAGGAUGUCCAGCUCAUCAAGAUGGAUUUGAAGUCCGGGGCUGAAAAAGGCCAGAACUAUUCUGGCUUAGUGGUAUCUUGCCAUAUUGAGGCCGAAAUCAACGGCCAGGUCAAGGUCUACAAUUGGAUGGCCAAAGUCCCUUUAGACGACCCAGACAAAUACCAGUGGUUGCGAUUGGGUUUUAUGGAACAGAAAGAGUUGGGAUUUUAUCAAGACCUUGUCCCAGCCUUGGAGGCCUUUAUUCGCAAGCAAGGCUCUGACAUUCAGUUAGGAUUUUGCCCCCUUGUUUAUGGUGAGUUUGAUCCCAAAAUUUCCAAAGAAAACUGUGUUAUGGGUUCCAUGAUCGUAAUGGAACAUCUCGCUCAUAUGGGAUACACUGAUCCCAUUCACAAAAAGUCUGGACUGGAUCUCACUCAUGUGAAAUUAGUGAUGAAAUCCUUGGCCAAUUUCCACGCAGCUUCACGUGCGUUUUACAAAAGCAAACAUGGCAGUUUAGACCGGAUGGUGGAGAAAGAACCAAUUCAAGCCAGGGACUACAUGUGUGCCCAACCAAGUGAGACCAUGAUGGCCAUAAAUGAAAUAUUCAACAAAAGCAUAGUCAAAGGGUUUUGCAACACUUUGGCAAACUCUAGUCCCGAGGGCGAGAAGUACGUAGAGGCUUACCAAAGAUUCGCUAAAGAACAAAUAGAUCCGCUGAAAUUGCGUGAUCAAUUGACUGGCCCUGAAGUGUGUCGAUUUAACGUUCUGUGCCAUGGUGAUCCCUGGUUCAGCAACAUGCUUUUCAAAUAUGAAGAUGGGCCCGUGGGAAAAACACCGACGGAUGUUUGUUUAGUGGAUCUGGCACUCACCAAGUGGGCAUCUCCAACCAUUGAUUUAUCUUACUUUUUGUACAUGUCAACCACGCCUGAGCUUCGUAAAGCUCAUAUGGAUGAGAUCAUGGCUUAUUAUCAUCAAACCCUCACCAACGCCUUGAAACAAUUGGGAGAAGAUUCUGACGUCAUCAGUCUUAGCGAGUUGUGGAAAGACUACAAGAAAUGUUCGUUCUUUGGAUUCAUGAUGGCGUUGAUGAUUUUGCCGUGGAUCUUGGCUAAGAAGGAAGAUGCAAUGAGUUCGGAUGAAUUCAGCGGCGAUUUUAGUAAUGAAGAGUACAUGGAUGAGUUCCAUAGAAAGAACACGGAGCGCACCAAAGUGAUGAUGACCAACGAGCCUCAAAUUGGUGAAAGAAUUUCUAGCGCCUUUCUCGAAAUGGUCGACUUUGGAUAUUUCACUCUAUGGCCAACAGGGGUAGUUUUCAAAAACAAUAUGGACCAUAACUCAUUAACACAAGCCAAGUUUUUGGAGAUUCUCAAGAAAACAGAAGCCACCGAGGAUGUUCAAUUGACCAAGGUGGAACUGAAUCGUGGGGCAGACGACGGACAAAACUACUCCGGCCAAGUUGUGGCUUGCCACUUGGAAGCCAAGGUCAAAGGCCAGCCAAAGAUCUAUAAUUGGAUGGCCAAGGUACCCUAUAAUGAUACAAGCAAGUUUGUCCCGCUCCGGUUAAUGAAGACGGAGGUAAAAGAAUUGGCCUUCUAUCAAGAUCUCCUUCCAGCUUUAAAGCACUUUAUUGCCAAGCGAGGCUCGAAAAUUCAGUUGAAGUUUUGCCCAUUCAUUUAUGGCGAAUUCAACGAGGAUAUUCCUAAAGAAGAGUGCGGUAAAAGUUCUGUGAUCAUGUUGGAACAUCUUGGUAACAUGGGAUUCAUCGACCCUAUAGACAAGAAAUCUGGCCUUGAUCUAGCGCAUGUCAAUUUGGUCAUGAAGGCUUUGGCCAAUUUCCAUGCGGCCUCACGUGGGUAUUACAAAGCCAAGCAUGGCAAACUCGAGAAAAUUGUGGAAAAGGAACCCCUUCAAGCCACAGACUACUAUCCAUUGAUGUUAAACCAGUUCACUGAUACCAUGGUCGAAGGGUUUUUCCAGAGGUUCAUGAACAUUGGUGAUGACGGAUACAAGUAUGUGGAAUCCUACAAACGAUUCGCUGAAAAUGUGAUAGAUCCAAUCCAAUUGCGAAAUCAGUUAACAGGUCCUUACACUUGCCGCUUUAGUGUCCUUUGUCACGGAGAUAUUUGGUUCAAUAACAUGCUGUUCAAAUAUGAGGAUCAAAACCCCACUGACGUGUGUCUGGUGGAUUUGGCUCGCACCAAAUGGGCGUCCCCCACCAUCGACUUAUCCUUUUUCUUGUUCAUGUCCACCACACCCGAGCUUCGGCAAGCCCAUAUGAAUGAGAUCCUGGAGUACUAUCACCAACACCUCAGCCAAGCCCUCAAAGAAUUAGGCGAAGAUCCAAGUGUUUUUAGCCUGAGCGAAUUGAAGGCUGAUUACAAGAAAUGCUCUUUUUUCGGAUUCAUGAUGUCGAUGGCUGUCCUACCCAUUGUCCUGGCCAGGAAGGAAGAUGCUAUGGGCUCAGAUGAGAUGAUUGGUGAUUUUACUGAUCCUGAGGUUACCAGGAAGUUUGCCCAACUUCAUAGUGAUCGAGCUAAGGCUUCAAUGAUUCAUGAGCCUCAAAUUGGACACCGGAUUUCCCGUGGAUUUAUGGAAAUGGUUGAAAACGGUUAUUUCACUUUGUAAUAACUUUUUACGCCUUUUUGAGCCUUCCCCCACGCUUAAUGUGUAUGCGAAUUUACUAAGCACCUCGAGAGGAUAAUAUUGCUAUUUAUUUGUAUGCUUCAUACAAAAGAGAGAUCGUGUACUGUAUUUGACAACCUUGUCCUCUCUCUCUCUCUCCUCCGACUUGUUUUCCCGCUAUCCUGUCGAGAGGUUACGCCCUCAUUGUAUCCUAUAAAAACGUACCUUGGCCGUCAUACACGUCUAAAUCUUGAAAAAAAGGUUGACCAGGAAUUUUGAUCAAAAACUUGUCCAAGUCUGAUUUAAACCCUGCUUCUGGAUCAACACUUACAUACUCCCUACGAGGGCAGCAAAUUACACAAUGAAGGAGACCACCAAAUAAAAGAAUUGGAUUUCAUUGUUUUAA